UGUAGUAGCCGCCAUUUUAUGAUCCUGACCCGACUGUCUGCUGAACUUGAACCGUGAAUAUUCGGCAUUUCCUUCGUCAAUUGUCAAUUUUCCCUUGGUUUCAAGAUGUCGGGUGAGGGUGGAAAUAAAAGAGAAGAGUGGGUACAACGUGCCAAGCUUGCUGAGCAAGCAGAGCGAUAUGAUGACAUGGCAGAAGCCAUGAAAAGUGUGACACAAGAUUUCGGAGAUUCAUCGGUUCUGUCUAACGAAGAGAGGAAUCUACUUUCAGUCGCCUACAAAAAUGUCGUUGGGGCUCGGCGUUCGUCUUGGAGGGUUAUCAGUAGCAUCGAGCAGAAGUCAGACAGCAGUGAUAGAAAAAAGGAAAUGGCAAAGGUGUAUCGGGAAAAGAUUGAGAAAGAAUUGAACGAAAUCUGUAAAGAUGUCCUGACUUUGUUAGACGAAAAACUCAUCAAAGAAAAAGUCUCCGAUGAGAAGGGAGAAAGCAAAGUAUUUUACCUAAAGAUGAAGGGCGACUAUUACCGGUACCUCGCAGAGGUAGCACACGCUGACAAAGCAGAAAUCACUGAACAAUCGAAACAAGCAUACGACAAAGCAUUCAAGUUCAGCUGUUCUGAAAUGCAGCCAACACAUCCUAUCCGCCUUGGUCUGGCUCUCAAUUUCUCAGUAUUUUAUUAUGAAAUUGUAAACAAUCCAACCGAAGCGUGCAAGCUUGCCAAACAGGCAUUCGAUGAAGCCAUCGCCGAACUGGAUUCACUGCAGGAAGAUUCAUACAAGGAUAGCACACUCAUCAUGCAGCUGUUAAGAGACAAUCUCACGUUGUGGACGUCAGAUACUAAUGAGGGGGAGGAACAGGUUGAUGCAGACUAGAAUCAAGGAAUAGAAGUAAAUGUAGUGUGUUAGUGCCCAUGAUGUUUUGCUCAUGCUGAGAAUGUAGACAACAAAAUAUAUAACAAAACAAAAAACCAAAAAAAAAAAAACCUUUAAAAACAAAAACCCUAAAAAGUUUCAUCUGUUCACCAUCCAGCACAUGUUUUUUUGUUUUCCAUUCUCAGUUGUUUCGCCCCUGAUUUUCCUGUUUUUCUUUUUUUUUAUUUUAUAGAAAAAUGUAGCAUUUUUAUCAGGUUUGUAUCAUUUGCGACACAUUUAUUUGCUAUCGACUUAAAGUGUAAUCAAAGUUUUUUUUUCCAGUUUGAACAAAUUGGGUUCUUCAAAUGGGAAAACAAAAACUACAUUAAUUUAUGGUUCAGAAACAAAUUGCUGAUGCUUGACAUGUGUUGCACUAGAUAAUUUAACGUUAUUAUAAAUACCACAGAAAUACUUGAUUGUGCAGAAGCAACUUACCCAGAAGUCACAGACUUAAGGUAGGGGUCUCUGCCCAUUAACCAACAAUUGAUCAAAGUUCACACUUCCAAACCGCAGUUAACUAAAGAUGGAAUUUUUUUUUCUAUUUCCCUUUCUUACGAUUAAAAAAACUCAUCUUGGUCUUGAUCUUGGUCAACAAUGUAUUUCCUAGCGUAGCAAAACAAAAAAUGAGCGAGAACCAUUUUGACUUUAUAGCCGCAGUGAAGAAAAAACAAAACGCUUGCCCUUAGUGAUUUAACACUUGGGCUUCAAGGAUAAAAUUAUUGAAGCGGUAUUUACUUGAUUUAAAUAAGUAGGAUGUAGUGUAUAUUUUAUCCAAGCAACGCCUUUCAUGAUUGACAUGCACCAAUAGGUUUAGAGAGUUUGCCAUAGUUGACACGUCAUCCUCCUUCUCGGGUGUUUAACCAAAGAACAAGCUGCUUGUUGCCCACAAGAUUUUCAACCUUGUCCCUGUGGAGCUGCAAUCAGAGGGCCAUUUAUUCUUCAUUGCACUGUUGCCAAGUGAAAUAGUGAUGCUCGUUACCAUGCCGAUGCGUUAACUGUUUUUCUUGGUCUACUAGCAGGCUUAAUAUGUAUGGUAAUAAAAAUCUAAAAAAAAAUUAAAAAGAAAAAGUCUUUAAAAAAAAAAAAAUAGCCAAACAGAAAUUUAAAGAUGUUCUUUAUUGAUAACAUUUAGUGGUCUCAUGUUAAAGUGGCUUGGUGUUGAUGUAUAUUAGUGCUAGAUAUUAGUGACUGACUUGUACUAUUAUUAAUUGUCUAAUUCUAUUAUACUAGCUAUCAUUUUUAAGCUGUGAAAGGGACAUGUUAAGAUAAAUGGCAGCCUGUUUGUUAUAAUGUACAGUCCGAACUCUCAUUAAUCCACCAAUAUACACAUAUUGGAUGCAUAGGACUGCGUUGUAUGAAACGAAAGAAAUGCAUUCAAUAUUUGUUUUUAUAUGGCUCACAUGUAGAUCCUUGCCAUUUGAUUUUUUUUAUUUUUUAUUUAACCACAAAUUCAAUAGACACAAUUCUGAAAAUCCUUUUAAAAAACCCUGAUAAAAAGCUCGGCUGACUCUGUGUAGACACCAACCAAGUCUGCCAGUCAUGUCCUUCUGGAUCGACACUGCACAUAUCAAGCGUUCUAGGACUCAAGAUUUGUUAGCGUUGCAGAAGUAUACAGUGGCAAACUUAUGGGCGGCAUAUAACGCGUGUUCCAGCAAUCAAAUGAUGAGGAUCAAUGUGUGUGGUAUAUAAUGUUUAAUAAUGUACAUGUACGUAGUUGAUGGCAUUACAGGUGCUUUAUGUUGGCCUGGAGUGAGAUGUCCUUGUGUAGUGUUACAAUGAUUUUAUGUCUUCAUUUCAAGGGUUAUUUUCUUGUGUUUCUACCAUGAACCCAUUUGAUGAUCUGCUCAGUGUACUCUUAAACUUAUUGAUGAUUGUUUGCCUGUGUACUUGCUUCAGUAUUAAUCAAACAAAAAAAUAUUGUGUAUUGUAAUGAAUGAUUGAUUUUGUUGUUGUUGAUUUUUUGGUUUUGUUAUUAUAUUGUUGGCAUGGGCGAAGAAGAACCUGUGUCCGUGUGUGGUCAUAUUGCCUAGUCUAAAAUGGCACUCGAACUAAAGAAUGGCAAUCGGUCAAUUGGAUCUUGUGAAGGGUGGUGUCUUUAAGAAGUGAUAACAGCGAUCGGGGGGGGGGGGGGACAUUGGGUUUUCAUAUUGUCUGUUGGCCACGCUUAUAGUCGCUCAGUAACUUGGUUUCCCUUAAAACCAAACUGCUGAACUGAUAAUGUGGCUAUGCCUAUGGCUGGAAAUCCUUCCCUUCAUUGUGGUAUUUGCAGCCGAAAGCCAAAGCGCCUAGCCGAAGCCGAUUGAUCCACACUCUUUGGUCUAGCCUACCACACAUUCGAGUAGUUGAUCACAGUGUAAUGGAACCAGACUACUGCAUUGCUGUGCAAAUUCUUGAUCAAGGGGAAUUGUUUACUUGUCUUAGAAUGGGUCAAAUUGUUGAACACUCCUUGUACACGUAAAGUGCAUUAUCUUUUUUGUGAAAUGUUUGGUUGUCCCUCCAUUUGUGUAAUAAUGGUGAAAUAAAAAGUCUGGGCAAUACAUGUAUGACAAGUUAUUGUUUAACAGUAUCUCAUUGGAGUUUAUACAGUAAUAGAAAGCAAAACAUUGAGAAGAAUGAAAUUUAAGAAUGCACAAAAACCAAUUCCUGGUCUGUCUCCACAUUUUAAAAGCUGCAGGUUUGAAUAAAGCUAGACUUAUUUUACAUUAUAAUUUGAAAAUGCAUAUCUAUAAUAUUGUAAGUUUACCUUUUUUUUAUUUGGUUGUUAUUUUGUCCCAGUUUUUUUUGUUUAAUGUUUGUUAACAUUUUAGUGAAAUAUCCAUGUCUAGAUUAACGACACUGCUUGAUUGAUAUUUAUCAAGUUUCAUCUUGGUUUUCACCCAAUGAACCAGUAAUAAAUAUAAGAAAAGCAUAAAUUAUUCAAACUUACGUCUGUUAAAAUUAAGUAUGUUUGAUUCAACCGGCACAACAAAACUGUAAAUUUGAAUGUGUUUUGUUUUAUUCAAAUAUGGAAACUGAUUUUAUUUGUGCCAAUGUUUAACUGCAUCUUUUACAGUAGAACUAGUUUGGUGUAUGUAUAAUAUAAACAAGUGGAACUGUAAGAAUGGCAAAUGACAAACCUAAAAUGCGAUACGGGCAAAAACCAAAUGGGUUUCCUCCAAAGAUCGUUGUAAAGCUGUAGGCGUUUGAUGUAUUCACUGGACGCCAUUUUAGUAAGCAACUCCGUUGAUGCAACUAUGGAUCAGAAUGCCCAAUUUUAUUUUCUCUUGCCUGCGAAGAAUUGCGCUUAUGGAUGCACGUAUUUUGCUCUAGUGUACAUGUAUGUCACAGGUUAGCAGGAGAUUUUGUUUGUCGCGUGCAUACUCCCACAUUGCUAGGCAUUAUUCGCUUACUUGCCAAGCGCAGAAAUUCAGCGCUUACCGGCUGAUGAAUGGUGAUCGCAAGUGCUGAAUAAACUGUUCCAUUGAGCUCCGCCCCAUUGCAUAUGGACCAAUCACAACGCAACGGAGGUCUGACAAAUCGACAAAUCAAGUCCGAUGUAUUAUGGGUGCGGUUCUUGAUACUUGUGCCUGUGGGCGGAGCCUAAUGGAUUCAGUGGUUAGCAGAGCCAUGAAAUUGGGCCCAAUGCAGACAAAAUGACCAUGGCUUUCAACGCUUUAACAAAACAAUUUCUUAAUGGAACGGUGCCCAUGCCACACUUCAGGUUCUCAAACUAGAAAAGCUCCUUGUGGUGCUGUACGAUCUUUGGUUUACACUAAAAACAAAAACUAUCUGAGCAUCGGUGCUACUUGUAUUGUAGUGAACAAUCAUCUCCUUUUCAUUCACUUCAGGUUUUAAAAAAUCUCUUAUUUCUGAAGUUCACUUGAUGUCGAUUUUGAUAAGCCAUGGAGUAACUUAUGUGUGCAUCACAGUUGAAGCUUAAAUCUUGUAACAUCACAUGUGACAUGAAUUUGGACUCGUUACAGGCUGUGUAUUAAUGAAUAUAAAUAAUAUAUAAAAAACCUAAAAAAAACAACUGCAUGUAUUGCCACAUCUGCUUUUCAAUUAUUGCAAGUUUGUUACCAAAAAUAUGUCCGCCCUUCUGUAAGGAUUUUGUUCAGGUAGUGUUUUUUUUGUUGUCCUUUUUUUGUCUGUAACUGGUGCAGUGAGACCAAUGGCAACGAGUUUGUGCAUUAAAUGUGACAAUCAUCAAUGGAAAUUGAAUUGUUGAUUGGUAAAUAAUGUUCUAAAAGUCAA